AUGAUUUAUUCUAGCCGGUUGCGGAGCGAAGGCUACUACGGAGGUGUGCGACUGGUUUUGUUGAUCUGUAAACACUUCUAUAAGCAUUGUAAGGAUAACGGCAUAAAUCUCCGACCGGGGAACUUCACACUAUCGUACGAUACUAAUAUCCCUCGCCAGGCCGGACUUUCGGGGUCCAGCGCUAUCGUAGCCGCUGCACUUGGCUGCCUUCUUGAUUUUUACAAUGUCCGGCAUUUGAUUAAAGUAGAAACCAGGCCCAACCUUAUCCUUGGUGCAGAGAAAGAGCUCGGAAUUGUUGCCGGCCUUCAGGAUAGAGUGGCACAAGUCUAUGGAGGCCUCGUCUACAUGGAUUUCAGCAAGGAACACAUGGAUAAGUUGGGACAUGGCAUCUACACACCCAUGGAUGUUACUCUUCUACCGCCUCUCCAUCUCAUAUACGCCGAGAAUCCGAGCGAUUCAGGAAAGGUACAUAGCACGGUGUGGCAGAGGUGGCAUGAUGGUGAUGAAUUUAUUAUAUCAGCAAUGAAAGAAGUUGCAGAUAUAGCAGCAGAAGGGCAGAGUGUAAUACUCCAAAAGAAUUACCGAAGGCUUGCAGAACUCAUGAAUCGAAACUUCGACCUCCGAAGGCGCAUGUUCGGGGACAAAUGCUUAGGUGAUUUGAACAUAGAAAUGGUGGAGGUGGCUCGGGGGGUCGGUGCAGCUUCGAAAUUCACCGGGAGCGGAGGGGCUGUGGCUGUGUUCUGCCCAGACGGGCCGUCGCAAGUGAAGCGUCUCGAAGACGAAUGUCGGGAAGCCGGAUUUAUCAUCGAACCUAUACAAGUUGUUCCUUCGUGUUUGAAUGAUGUUGAUCUACAGACAUUAUCGAAGUAG